GCCGCCGCCGAUGCUGCCGGUCCUGCUCCUCCUCUUCGUCCUGCCGAGCCCCGGCAGCCCCGCAGCCGCCCGCACGCUUUCUCCAUGCUACUCUGCUAACCUCAGCCCUGCAUCAGAGAGGCUGGUCUCGGCCGUGGGCUGCACUGUGCUUUUGACAGUCCCGCCGCUGAACGCCACCAAAGCUGUCUUCUGGGAAUACAAAACUGGCUCGCAGGAAGGAGUUAUCAUCAGUUAUGCUUUCAAUAGACCUGCCAACGCAUCUCGCUCCUACGAGAAUCGCACCAAGUUUAAUGAAACAGACUUCUCGCUGCAGAUGGUGCUUCAAAGGGGAGAUGAUCGGCUGUACCGGUUCCGGUCCGGAUCGGAUGCCACGGGCUGGUUCCAGCUGCGUGUUGUGGAACCGCUGUCUGAGCCAGAAAUUGUGGGCAACUCAUCGGUGAACGCAGGAGGCAACACCAAACUGGUCUGCAAUGUCCUGGGAGGGAAGGCAGAUUUGUACUGGUGGAAGAAAAAUGGAGAGCUGCUGCUGGGAAGCAACCACGUCCAGUUUGUUGACAACACUACCACCCUGUGCAUCAUGAAAGCGUCGAUGAAUGACAGUGGCUAUUACGCUUGUGUGGUCCGCAAUGAAGUCAGCCAGAAUGAAACCUCCUUCCUGCUCCAUGUCCAAAAUGCUGCAAAUGUGGUGUUGCCCAUGAUCCUGGCUUGUGUUUUUGUCGGCUUGCUCGCAGGUGUCUUCGUCUGGUGCAGGAGCAGGGACCGCCCGUGUCGCAAUGGCUGUUGGUAGAGAGCUGAGUGGCUGCACUCUCCCUGCCUUCCGGUGGUGGUGGUGGUGGAUGCUGCCUGAGGAGCGCCACAUGUCUGAUGCUGUCCCAGCCUCUUCUGGGCUCACCUCUGAAAUGGAAUUACUUGGCCUGGCAUCUUCACCCUGGAGAAAACUGGUUGCUCUCCCAGGAGUGCUGGACCUCACUUGCCACCUGGGCUGUACAUGUGCUGGUGCAAGCUUGUCCUUCCCUUUGGCCACUCCUAGGGGUGAUGGACCUUGCAGGUCAUCAGGCCAGGGUGUUUGCACCCAUCUUUCAUUCUGAUGGGAACAACCCCAGGUCCAGCACCAGGGCUGGGUGUUUUGGGUGCCCUGGUCCGGCUGCUGGGUGCUCACUUCUCUCUCAGAGCAGCUGGUGGCUCAGGAACCUCUCUCCUUGCUCCGGGUUGCUGUCAGGAAACGGAGAGCACAGGUGCAUGUCUCUGUUGCUUGGGUCUUGUUUGUAGACCUGCUUUGCCAGCAAAGGGUUUUUCUGGCCAGGGGAAUGGUGGGUUUCCCUCUCCUUGGAGUUACCCUUUCUCUUUGGAGAAGUGCACCUGGGAGAGGCUGAAAUCAUGCCUCAUGGUGUGAGCAGUCUCUGAGAGGUCGUACACCUCUUUCUGGGGCACACAGGGAAAUCACGGGCAGGCAAACUGGCUCAUGGCUUGACCAUCUUGGAUGCUGCCUACUCUGUCCAGGGGAGAUAACCAGGUAUAAAGGGGCCGGCAGCACAGGGCCAUCUUUCAGCCUGGGUUUUUGUGUUGCAAUUAAAGUGUUCAAAGAAUCAGAGCAGUUUGAGUGGAGUAAACCAGAUUUCAACCUGAGUUUUAAGCUUCAGUGCAGGUUGCCAAGCUCCCUGUUGCACUCGCAGGUGUCAAAUAAAUGCAGCCACGUUUUACUUCUCUAAGGUUUUUGGAGAGAUGUCUGUAAACCGUUUGGGAGAUGUUGUGGUUUUUAAUAUCCAUUGCUGCUAAUAAAAGUGUGUGUUACCCCAGGUGAUAUUGUUGUGAUCAUCAAGGGUGGAGUAUCUAAAGCUAGCAGAGACAUGUGCUUCCCACUGUUGGUACCUGUGUGGGAUUCAGGAUUCGUGGUGGGUUGCAGGUGGUGGCAGACCUUGAAGAUGCUGGAUUUCACCCCAUGUUCAACUCGGAAGAGUUGGAAGAUUUCACCCAAUGUUCAACUCGGAAGAGUGGGAAGAGCCGCUGUGCCCAGGGAGGACAUCUGGCUCCUGCAUUCCCACUGGAACAGCUGCCCAGGGAGGUGGUGAAGUCCCCAUCCCUGGAAGUGUUUAGAAGACGGGCAGAUGAAAUGCUUAGGGCCAUGAUUUAGUAGUGGACAGGUACAGUUGGACUUGGUGAUCUCAAAGGUCUUUUCCAAGCUAGGGAUUCUAUGAUUCUUCAUCCCCUCCUUUUCCUGGGCAGCCCGGAUCCUCCUGUGGCAACUGCAGUUUGGGGAACUGAGCUGGGGUUAAAACCAACCCAACAACCUUGUGCUGAGGCCAAGUGAGGGUAUUUUUAACCUGAAUCAGUUCGCUGAGUCACAGGAACCUGGCAAGCAGCUGUUCUGGCACAGCCCAUAGUCCCAGGGAUAGCUGGGCUUGGGAGAAGAUGCCACCGAGGUCAGAGAUGUUUCUGAGGUUCACCCUGUGGAUCAUUUACAGGGGAAGUUUCAGUCUGGAGGUUAAUCUGGUGGCCUUUUACGUGGAUUUAUGCACAGUAGCUGUGUUUGAAAUCAGAAAAGCCUUCUGCAGGCCAUAGGAAAUACCUUUGUGCAUUGUAACAGCCAAAUCUGGUGGGGA